AAGGCCCGCCACCGGCUGCAGCCGCCGCAGGACAACAUGAGGCAGCUGCCAGUCUUGGAGCCUGGAGACAAGCCCAGGAAAGCAACAUGGUACACCUUGACUCCGUCCGGAGAGAUCCCCUGUGCUCGAGUUGGCCACAGCUGCUCAUAUUUACCUCCUGUUGGUGGUGACAAGAGGGGGAAGAUCUUCAUUGUUGGGGGAGCAAAUCCAAGCAGAAGCUUCUCGGAUGUGCACACCAUGGAUCUGGGUGCACACCGAUGGGCCCGGGCCCGCUUGGAGGGCCUUCUGGCCCGGUAUGAGCACGCCAGCUUCACUCCCUCCUGCUCCCCUCACAGCAUCUGGGUGUUCGGAGGUGCCAACCAGUCAGGCAAUCGGAACUGUGUGCAAGUCCUGAACCCUGAAAGCAGGUCUUGGACCACACCGGAAGUGACAAGUCUGCCCCCAUCUCCGCGCACAUUCCACACCUCCUCGGCCGCCAUCGGGAGCCGGCUCUACGUCUUUGGGGGAGGAGAGAGAGGAUCCCAACCCGUGCAGGACGUCAGGCUGCACGUGUUUGACGCAAACGCUCUGACAUGGUCACAGCCAGAGACCUUUGGAAGUCCUCCUUCCCCACGGCAUGGUCAUGUUAUGGUGGCAGCGGGAACAAAGCUCUUCAUCCACGGAGGCCUGGCCGGGGAGACGUUCUACAGCGAUCUCCACUGCAUCGAUACAGGUGACAUGAAGUGGCAGCAGCUGAGUCCCACGGGGGCUGCGCCCGUGGGCUGCGCCGCCCACUCCGCUGUAGCCGUGGGGAAGCACCUGUAUGUCUUUGGAGGGAUGACUCCCACAGGAGCACUGGACACGAUGUACCAGUAUCACAUAGAAAAUCAACACUGGACCUUGCUGAAGUUUGAUGCUUUCCUCCCCGCCGGGCGGCUGGACCAUUCCAUGUGUGUCAUCCCAUGGCCGGUGUCUCGUGCUUCUGAGAAGGAAGACUCAGGUUCUGUGGGUGUGAGCUGUGAGGCCGAGGGGCCCACCGCCGGUGACAAAGGACUGACCUGCCGUGAUGACGCACAUGAGGAAAGUCAGAGCGACAUGUGGCUCUGUUUUGUGUUUGGUGGGAUGAACACAGAAGGGGAAAUUUAUAAUGAUUGUAUUGUGACUCUAGUUGACUAAUAAAACUCAGGUUUGUUUUUUUAA